AUGCACCAAUUCAACAGUGGUCAUCAUCGUCCUUUCACCGUUGCCGAGGACAACGUGCCCUUUGACGUCCUUUAUGGAGCCAGUCUAGCUCCCCAAGAGAGGGAGUACAGGGUAGUCAAUGACCGAUUCCGCGAGACUUCCGCUAAUAUGGCGCCUUGGCCUCCCGUUCCCGGUAACUUGCCUCCUUACCCCCAGUACGAGGAUCUGCCGGUUCACAAACACCAGCAUGUUUAUGGCUCAUUUGCACCUGCUGCGUCUGAGGUUCCUAUGCCCGACAUCGUGCCCGAGCAACUCGUUGUCCCUCGGCCUGCUCCGGUGACCCGGGAUUAG